AUGACCGUGACGCAUCGCAAGAGACAGUACCAGCCUGAGGAGAUUACGACUGUGAACGAGCCUGGUACUCAAUUCGAAUGUGAUUCCUGCCAUUGCGACCUGACGCACUCGGUGCGCAUCAAAUGCGCGAAUCCGGUCUGCGAGGUCGGAGAAGGGAUAGACAUCUGUCCGAACUGUUUCUGUAGCGGGAAGGAGUUCGGCAAGCAUAAAAGAUGGCAUGCCUACCGAGUGAUUGAGCUUCACUCAUAUCCCAUCUUCUCAGAAGAUUGGGGAGCAGAUGAAGAACUCUUGCUUCUGGAAGGGAUCUCUUUGCAGGGCCUCGGCAACUGGCAAGCCAUCGCUGAACAUGUUGGCACGCGAACAAAGGAGGAGGUCGAGACGCAUUACGAGUCCGUCUACAUCAAGUCGCCCAAUUGGCCACUCCCUCGAAUGGACUUGCACUUCGACGUCGAUCCCGCGGAAUUUCACGAGCGCAAGCGUCGACGUAUCGCGACCAUGAAUAGCAACCCGCCGCCGGCACCCAAGCUCGCUCCUACCUCCGCUCCCGGAGUACAUGAAGUUGCUGGCUUUCUACCAGGGCGCCUGGAGUUCGAGCACGAAUUGGACAACGAGGCGGAAGAUCUUGUCAAGGACCUCGAAUUUGGUGUCUGUUACGAAUGGGGCGGUGGUGAAAUUGUUGAAGAUGAGAAUGACCCUGACGUGCGCGCAAGAGCCCGUUGGGAAGAAGAGCAGAAAGCUAAAGAUGCCACUCCUGGAAAGCGCCCACCCAAUGGGCCACUCAAUGUACCUAACGGUGUCCCAAAUGGACGACAUACUAACGGUGGCACGCCCUCUCGCGACGUCCAAGGCAAGUCAGAAGGGGGCGGCAAGACGGCGAACGGCGAUAUGGACGGUGAUGCGGAAGUCGAAGAAGUCACGCAGCCGCCACCGGUCGAGACGCCCGAGUCGCUCUCCUUCAAGCUAUCAUUAAUCGAGAUGUAUAACCAGCGUGUCGACAAGCGCCACGAGGCCAAAGCAUUCAAGUUCAACCGAGGUCUGCUGAACUACAAGCAGAUGCAAGCCGCGGACAAGAAGAGGCCGAAAGAAGAGAAGGACAUUAUCCACCGACUACGGCCAUUUGCCCGGCUACAGACAGCGGAGGAUUUCGAGGUCUUCUGCGCCGACAUCCUGUAUGAGGCGCUGCUCCGGAAACGGAUCCAAGAGCUGCAGCACUACCGCAGGAUGGGUCUAACUACCGUGGCCGACAUUGACAAGUACGAGUCGGAUGUCAUCAAGCGGGUGCGUCCAUCCUUGGUCUCCCUGCCAACCACUGCUCACCUCCCAUCCCUGCAGAACCAAGCCAAGGCGGGUCUUUCGCGGGACUAUUUCUCCUCGGAACGGCUCGCACUUCGUGCCGGAGGCGGACGCCAAUCUCUGGGGCCCGAUUCACGCGAACGCGAGCGCGGCAAAAGCCACGAGCUCGAGACAACGCCCAAACCCAUGCCCGCCGCCUCUGGCACAGGGCCUCCCGGGCGGAAGAUGCCCGCCCCGCUCAACCUCGCGAACAGCCCAUCGCUGCACCUGCUCACGCCCGAAGAGCAGACGCUCUGCUCGCAGCUGCGCAUCCUGCCGAAGCCGUAUCUCGUCAUCAAGGAGACGCUCGUGCGCGAGUACGCGCGGCGCGGCGGGAAGCUCCGCCGGCGCGAGGCGCGCGAUCUCGUCAAGAUCGACGUGAACAAGACGAGCCGCGUAUGGGACUUUCUUGUCCAGGCGGGCUUCCUCAAGGUCGGCUCUUCCGAUUUGUGCGGCGUGGUGCCAGCAUGGACGUUGGCAGGUUCUGACACGGGGCUUGUUUGCAGUCGACCGUCGGCCACACCGACGUUGAGCGCCUCUCCGAGCAAGGACUCGCAGAUGUACGGCCCAGCGCCGCGACCCUCGCCGUUCACGUCCGCUCCGCUCAGCAACGGCACCGUCCUUCCACCGUCAACAUCCGUACAAUCCACAGGCUCCGGCACAAGUUGA